AUGAAUACAAAUGAUACUAUAAUUGUCGAAGCUGAACCAUAUCCAUUCGAAUUUAUUCCAAAGCAAUGUGCAUUACUGAUUAUUGAUAUGCAGCGUGACUUUUUAGAACCUGAUGGUUUCGGUGCAAUGCUUAAUAAUGACGUGACACAACUUCGCCGAACAAUUGAACCAAACCAAAAGUUACUGGAAGCUUGGCGUGCUGCUGAUUUACAGAUUAUACAUACUCGUGAAGGUCAUCGUUCAGAUUUGUCCGAUCUUCCAAUAACUAAGAAGAUUCGUGGUCGAAAUAAACUCUCCAUUGGUGAUGUUGGUCCAAUGGGUCGUAUUUUGGUACGAGGUGAACCUGGCCAUGAUAUCAUUCCACAACUCUAUCCAUUACCGGGUGAACCAAUCAUUGACAAGCCAGGCAAAGGUGCAUUCUAUGCCACAGACUUACAUGCUAUUCUUCAGAACCAAAAUAUUAAGCAAUUAAUUGUCACUGGUGUCACAACUGAAGUAUGCGUCAGUACCACUGUACGCGAAGCCAAUGAUAGAGGAUACAACUGUCUUGUUCUCGAAGAUUGUGUCGGAUCGUACUUUCCCAAGUUUCAGGAAGCUGCUCUGGAUAUGAUCAAGGCACAAGGAGGUAUUUUUGGUUGGGUAUCACAAUCAGACAAGGUGCUCGCCGCGCUUAAAUCAUAUCUUCACCGCUAA